AUGCUUUGCGCAAUCUCCGGAGAGGCUCCCCAGGUUCCGGUCGUCUCUUCCAAGAGCGGCAGCGUCUUCGAGAAGCGCCUCAUCGAAGCAUACAUCACUGAGCACGGCAAAGACCCUGUGAACGGUGAAGACCUCUCUACCGAUGACCUGAUUGACGUCAAGACGCAGCGCGUUGUCCGACCUCGUCCUCCUACCCUCACUUCUAUUCCAUCUCUACUCAGUGUGUUCCAAGAGGAAUGGGAUGCGCUAGCUUUGGAAACAUAUACAUUACAACAGACUUUGGCGCAGACCCGUCGAGAACUGAGUGCUGCACUUUACCAGCAUGACGCUGCUGUGCGGGUGAUUGCACGACUCACAAGGGAGCGGGAUGAGGCCCGUGAUGCGCUGUCGCAAGUGACUGUCGGUGCUAGCAAAGCUAGCGCCAGUGGGGAAGCUAUGCAGGUAGACUCCGCGACCUUGCCACAAGCAGUACUUGAGGUCAUUGAGAAUACCCAAGCGACCUUAUCGAAAACUCGUCGAAAGCGUCCAAUCCCUGAAAAUUGGGCUACCGUUGAGUCGAUUUCCUCUUACAAACCUGCAGAGAGCUCUGAGCCUCUUUGCUCAGGGGGCCGAGCGCUCGCCGUGCACCCAACAGGCGAGCUGGCCCUGGUCGGUGGCGCCGAUGGUGCUGUCAGCGUCUACUCUUUGUCACAGAAAGCUGUAUUGCACAAUUUGAAGACGGAUGGACCAGUGACCGAUGCUACUUGGGCUGGAGACAAAGCUGUGGUUGGAUCCGCAACUGGCUCUGUCAAGAUAUUUGAGCAGGGCAAUGAAGUGGCGAGCUUUGCUGCCCAUGGCGGUGAAGUCACUGGCGUUGCUGUGCAUGCCAGUGGUCACAUUGUCGCCUCUGUUGGAGUGGACAAGAGCUAUGUGCUCUAUGAUCUGAUCUCUAAUACUGCGAUUACGCAGAUUUGGAGCGACGCUGCCCUCCUGUCUGUCAAAUUUCACCCUGAUGGCCACCUGCUGGCUGCCGGUACCGCUAAUGGCCAAGUCAAGAUCUUUGAUGUCCGAACUGGCAAUGCAGCUGCUGAUUUCACAAUGUCGGGCCCGGUGAAAUACCUCUACUUCUCCGAAAAUGGAACUUCUCUCGCAGCGGUAUCCGCACAAUCCACUACAGUAUCGAUUUGGGAUCUUCGAAGCUUCAAGGAGAUCAAGGUUUUGGACACUGGCAACCAAGUCAACUCGCUCCACUGGGAUUACACCGGCCAAUUCCUCGUCACAGGCGGUCCAAGUGGAGUCACUGUUCAGCAAUGCAACAAGUCCGCAAAAGAAUGGUCUGAGCCGCUACGCAGUGCUGUGCCUGCCAUCUCGGUUGCAUGGGGAUCCGGCGCUCAGAGCAUUGUGGCCCUUAAUGAGGCCGGUGCAGUCACGGUUCUAGCAGCAUAA